UAUAAAAGCGCACUGAGCUGAGCAAAAUCCUUAAAGUAUCAAAUUUAAAAUCAAAAUGUAUAGAUGUUCUUUUAUGAUAACUGUGCUAGUUCUAAUACUAGGAAAUCUAGUGUAUGCAUCAGAUAAUAAUAAAGUACAAUUUAUUUUAGACUUCCUGAAGGCACAAUCUCAGCCAACACAUCCCAUUAUAUGGCAUGAUUGCUUUACCAUAGAAGAGAAAUUUGAACUUGUCAAAAGCAGUUUUAAUCCGACAACUAUCAACCGACAGGAUUCAUUAAAUAGAAGAGACUUUGGGGUAAAUCCUCAAUAUUACCUUUUCAUUUUGAAUCUCGCAUGUACACAAUCACCGGAAGGGAUCAUACAAAAGAUAGACUCGACAUUAUUUCAACAUCCAUAUCGAUGGAUAAUUUUCACAGAAGAUGCUACAAUUUUAAGCAGCAUAAAAGCUUUUGUUGAUAGCAAUAUAUUGAUUCCGCAAAUGAUCAACAAUAAUGGUGAAUGUAAUCUAAAACAAUUUUAUAAAAUUGAAAAUGAGAUUUAUUAUGAGCAUUAUGGCAAUUGGAGUAUAAAAUCAGGUAUUGUCGAUGAGCGAAAGACUCACGUAAUAUCAAGGAGGAGGGCGAACCUUUAUGGGAAAUUGAUUACAGCGAGCUAUGUUCAUUUGAACAAGAGCAGCAGGCACCACUUGACGGAUUAUGUUGAUAAGCAUGUUGAUAGUAUUAUGAAAGUGAAUUAUUUGAUUGUUAAUACCAUACUGGAUACCAUGAAUGUAUCUAAACAGGAGAUGUUUCAAAUGACAUGGGGUUAUUACAAUGUUAGAACGAAGAAAUGGAGUGGAAUGGUCGGAGAUAUGGUGCAUAAUGGUGCUGAUAUUGGGGGGACGCCUUUAUUCAUCCAGCCCGACCGUUUACCAUACAUCCAUUACACAUCCUUCUAUACACCAACGAGUGGGGGUUUUGUCUUUCGUGCACCACAGUUAUCAGCAGUCCAAAACAUCUACACACUCCCAUUUAAGCCGUUAGUCUGGCUUAGUUGCCUCAUCUGUGUGCUGUUGAGUACAAUUUUACUCCAUUUAACAUCACAAAGUGAGAAAGAGAAGUCAGCCAAUACAUCACAUCACAAAAGAAUUACGGACUCUGCAUUAUCUUCAGUUGCCGUUGUGUGUCAAAUGGAUGCUUCAUUUCGUUCAACUGUCACUUCAAGUCGUAUCAUUAUGUUCUUCAUCUUCCUGACAUUCUCAUUUCUGUAUGCUGCUUAUACUGCAAAUAUUGUAUCAUUGCUGCAAAGUCCAUCGAAAAGUAUAAACACAAUGGAGGAUUUAUAUAAUUCGAAGUUGGAAUUAGGCGUGCAUGAAGUGCCUUAUAUGCGGCAUUAUUUACCAAAUAUAGAUGUUCCAUUUUACAAAACGAUAUAUGAGGAAAAGCUGUUGAAGCCUUUUGAAGGUCGAUCUGAUCAUUUUAUGUCAGCUGAUGAAGGAGUUUCACGCGUCCGAAGCGGCUUGUUUGCAUUCAUCAUGGAAGCUAGUCCGAUGUAUAAAUUAAUUGAGGAUACAUAUUAUGAGCAUGAAAAAUGCGGAUUGGUUAGUAUUGAGUAUUUAAAGUUUACUCACCCAUAUUUGGCCAUUGCCAAGGACUCACCGUAUAAAGAGAUUUUGAGAGUCAAAAUUGUCAAGACAUUGGAAGUAGGCAUCAAUAAAAGAAUCCUAUCAAGAUUCUAUACAAAAAAGCCUGUUUGUGUAAAUCGUCUUAACUUUCAAUCAAUAGGCAUUGACGAUGCUUUACCAGCAAUGAUGCUUUUACCCUACGGAAUGGCAUUCGCCCUUAUCAUUCUAGCACUUGAGAAGAUGUUCGCUUUAAAAAGAUUUAAAAACAAAAUAUGCUUAAAGUUUUAAAGAUGUUGUUAAAGAUAUGAAGCCCGAGUGGCACAGAUAAUAAAAAAAGAUAGGAAGACUGUCUCAGCUUCUGUUGUUCGGAACGUGAAAUCCCCAAACGCGUGUGUUUUAAAAUUAGCUUUGAAUAAUUGAAGAACAAAAAGCACGUAAAUGUUUUAUUAGAUUAGGUACUUGGAAGAGAGAAGGACUUCAUGCGCAUCCAAUUAAAUGACCGCACAAAUUAAAAAUCGUUUUUAAAGCACUGCAUAGCAAUCGACAAGGAAACUUAAUGAGAAAUGUCAAUAUUUGAAGAAUAAACCGUGAAAUGUUUACAUUGUGUGCAACAGCUUGUUAAUAGGAAUGAAUAUUUCAGUUUAAAGUGAAUAUUGCUGUAAUUAACUUGCAAUUUAUCUCAGAUUUAAUAAAAUAAUGUUCUCU